AUGGCAGCGUCGGAGAUUUUUUCCUCCAGCCGAAAUCUCUGGAUUGAACGCAAUUGGCUCGGUGCCCCCCUCUUUCGUACCCGAAGCCUACGGCUGGAGUUCAUUCUGGAACGAGACUACAGAAUCUACGUCUUCUCACUCGCCUCCUCCCACCACAUCGGACUUCAACCCACCCGCCUCGCAAGCCUUCGUCGCCCAGCUCGCUCAUCUCCACAAGACAUCCAUCUCCCCCACAAAAGAAUUUUGGCUUCCACGAACCUCCCUGCCACGGCACCAAACCCUUACGACGUCAUCAAGUGGCAACCAUCCUGGACGACCUUGUUCCGCGACAUCCUCGGCCACACCAUCUCGCUUUCUUAG